CUUUCCCGGAAGCGUACGGACGACUAAUUUCAUCAAGCUCUCAGCUGCGAUAAAAAUAUUGAUAGAAGACGAACAGUUUUAAGGAUUAUAUUGUCGGAGAGUACACGGCUGUGGAACAAUUUGUUUUGAGCAACACACAAAAUUAUGGCAGCAAACUAUGAAACGAAGUACGACAAACUUGACCAAACCAACAAACAGGUGAAGGAGGUAACUGGACUAUUGAAGGAGAAUGUUGAGCGGGUGUUGGACCGAGGUGAAAAGAUUGACCGUCUGCAAGAAAGAUCAGAGGACCUGGAAUCAAAUGCCAUCAACUUCCAAUCAAGUUCUCGACGUCUCCGCAGAAAGAUGUGGUGCAAAAACUGUAAAAUGAAUUGCAUCAUUGCGGCCGUCAUAUUCGGAGUAAUCGCUGUGGUUGUUGUCAUUAUUGUGUUAUCUUUAAAGCCUUGGGAGAACAACAACAGUGAAGGCGGUGGUGGCAAUGGUGGUCACGGCAACAAUACCCUGACAAUGUGAGGUCAAAGGUUAAGAAGAAAAGACAGUUUAGAUUAUUUACAAUAAUGUAAUAUUUCCUUGUAUAUUCUGUAUGAACUCUGCAGUUUCAAUAUGCCAUUGUCACAUUGUAUACAUAUCUGAGUGAACUGUCUGUAUAUUCUGAACAAAACAUUGUACUCUAUUUACAUAAGAUAGGUUUCUUAUUACAUGGUGAAUUAAAUGACUCUGAAAUGUUGAUUUUCAGGUUGAUAAAUCUGUUUAUAGCUAUUAUACCUUGCAGUUUUAGUGUUAUUUAGUAUAUUAAAACGUUCAUUAAAAUACAUGUAUACACUGAAAUGCUCAUCCCACAAAUUGUAAAUUGUAUACAUUAAGUGGGACUAGCAUUACUGUUACUGUUUUAAUAUCAGGUAGGAGGAUUUAAAAGUGUAGACUUCUUAAAACUUGUUGAAAUUGUUUUGAAUUACACACUGAGAUUUUCAUUAAAUGAAAAAUGGCAUUGCAUUGUAUAGGAAGUUGUAAUAUAUCGCAAAAAUAAAUGUUGAAGCAAUUGAAAAUUACUGAAUACUCACAAAAUGUUACAUCUAAAAUUUAUUUUUGUAUUAAAAUGCUAUAGAAAUGUACACAUGAAUGACAAAUAAAAUAUAAAUAUGAAA